AUGUCAGCGUUCCAAGACUUCAGCUACCUCUCUGAGCGCCGCCGUGCAGAGCGUGCGCAGCAACGGAAACGGAUGAUUAUUGCAGCCAGCACCGCAUCGGUUUUCCUUGUUGUGGCUGUCUGUGCAGUCAUUGCAGUCGUAUACAACCCAAAGCCCACCGAAUCCACCCAUAACAGCUCCGCGAAAUCUACGACGGAAACCUUCUCCCCAAAAUCUGACUCUGGCUCUCUCAUCAAAGACUUCCAAACUAACAGCGCCAUCAAGGUCAUUUGUUCCCCCACCGACUACCGCGCCACCUGUGAGUCCACCAUGAAAGGCGCGACCAAUUCCAGCUCCACUCCCAAGGACCUCGUCCGCGCUGCCGUCGCAACCAUCGUCGACGAGGUCGAUAAGGCCUUCAAAAAGUCUGAUGUGAUUGGUACGGCGGACCCAGCGGUGAAGAGCGCCGUGGAGCUGUGCCAGAAGCUGCAUAAGUACGCCCUGAAAGAGCUAGCAAACACCCUGGACACCAUCGAUGCAAACCAUCUGAACCAGCUGCCAAAUAAAGUGCACGAGCUCAAAAACUGGCUCAGCGCCACCUCGACGUACCAGGAGACGUGUAUUGAUGGGUUCCCUGACGGCGAGCAGAAGAACAAGAUGAAGACUGAGUUAAAAACGUCCAAGCAGCUUACCAGCAAUGCCCUGGCCAUCGUGGGUAGCUUGUCCUCCUUCCUUUCGCUCAUCAGCAAAGGUGGCCGACGUCUUCUAUCCGAGCCUCCAGUCGAAAAGCCAGAGGUUGUUCGCGAAGAUGGCCUUCCCAAUUGGGUUGACGAUGACGAUCGAAGGUUCCUCCUUGGCCGGGCAACCAAGCAGAUGACGCCCAAUGUCACAGUAGCUAAGGAUGGCAGCAUGGACUUCAAGACCAUAUCCGAGGCACUUGCUAAAAUGCCAACCACAGUAAACGGAAGGUAUGUGAUAUAUGUGAAGGAGGGAGUGUACGAGGAGCAGGUGGUUGUGGAUAUGAACAUGAUCAAUGUUACCAUGUACGGUGACGGCUCGAGGAAGACAGUUAUUACUGGUAGCAAGAACUUCGUCGACGGCACAAAGACCUUUGAAACUGCAACGUUCGGUGAGUUCUCAAUCGUAAUUACCGAUUAUUUGGUUAAUAUUAAUUCUGAAUGUAAUUGUGCGAUCGGGGACGGGUUCAUAGCGAUGGCGAUCGGGUUCCAAAACACUGCCGGUGCGGUCAAGCAUCAGGCAGUGGCGCUGCGCGUGCAGUCGGACCGCGCCAUCUUCCUCAAUUGCCGCAUGGAAGCGUACCAGGACACGCUUUACGCGCAUACUCACAGGCAGUUCUAUCGAGGUUGCCUCAUCCUCGGCACCGUCGAUUUCAUUUUCGGCAACGCAGCUGCUAUCUUCCAGAACUGCAUCCUCAGCGUGCGUCGCCCUCUCGACAACCAGCAGAACAUCGUGCUGGCGCAGGGCCGCACGGACAGCCACGAGGCCACUGGCUUCGUCAUCCACAACUGUCGCUUCACUGCUGAACCAGAACUCGCCUCCGGCGGCAAGAUCCCGAGCUACCUCGGGCGUCCAUGGAAGGAAUUCUCCCACACUGUUGUGAUGGAGUCGGAGAUUGGAGAUUUCAUCAACCCCGACGGGUACAUGCCCUGGGACGGGGACUUCGCGCUGAAGACGCUGUCCUACGCCGAGUACGGCAACAAGGGCGCCGGCGCUGACACAUCGAAACGUGUCAAAUGGCUAGGCUUCAAGGUGAUCAACAGGAAUGAGGCGGUCCCUUACACCCCCACCACCUUCAUCCAGGGAGACGACUGGAUCCCCAAGACGGGCACUCCCGUACGCUUGGGCCUCUUCGAUUGA